AGCGACUGAAUUAGAUACUGGACAAACCUUCUUAAACUUGUAUCGUUUAACAAUCUGAUAUUAUUGUUAAAGUCAUUGGCUGUUUAACUGGCACGCGAUCGGCGUUCGUUCGUGGUAUUCAUUCUCUAACAUAUUUCAGGAAUAAAACGAAAAUGGGAUAUAUUCGACGCAUGUUGCAGUGAUUAAUAUCAAGCAUUGCAGAAAGUAACUGUUCUAGUAAAAACGGAUUGUUACAACUGACGGCUAACCAAUACACAGAAUGCAGCCUUGGGGUAGCUACAUUGACCAGUACUGGUAUAAAAGAUCAGUCAAACCUUGAAAGCAUGUCAAUCGUUAAUAGGCAGGCGAGCUGAUCAACGAACGAACGGAUACUUUGAAUUAAAUAAUAAUGGAAACUAUGUAGAUUUUUCAUGAAAUAAAAUCGUUUUAAUUAAACUACACGGUUAAAUAGGACAGUUUAUAUACACCAAGAAAAUAGUUUGUUUUUUUAAUUAGCAAAAUGAAUUUUAUUUCCUCAGUUGUAUAUGUUUGUCUAUGUGCGACUGUAUGUUCCAUGGCUAAAAUCAAAAGCGAGGAGAAAGAAAUCCAAAAUAAAGAAAGGGACAAAAGCUCGAUGAAUUUAAAAAGAACAUUUGAAAACAAAGACGACAUUCCAAAAGAUUAUUUAGAACAACUAAUGAAGCGCUACGAAAUUUCAGAAGAUCCGCUUGCUGACCGAGACAAAAGGAAGCAGGAAUUCGAAGAAAAAUAUGGAGUUGACUAUCCUUAUGACGACUUUAAUUAUUAUUACUACAAUUAUGAUACAGACGUCCAAGCGGAACCAGAUGAGGAGAGUGACAGUGUCAUUGACUCUAACCUAAACGACAAGCAACCAAAAGGAAAUGAUACUUCGGACGGAGACGAAAACCUUACGUGUCCAACGUGCCAGUUGCGCGAAGAAGCAAGGGUAAUUAGGAUAGAGACAAUUAGAAAUACAAUUUUAGAUAAAAUAGGAUUUUCCAGCAGCAAUCUUCCUAACAUGACAGGAAAGGUGAUACCUAAUUUACCGUCCAUUCAGCGUCUUAAAGAUCAACACAUGAUGCUGGCUGAUGAGCCAGCUUCCGACGAAAAUACCUAUAUCCCGGAGGAUGAAUUGUACGGCCAAAUAAAAAGGGCUUACACCAUAGCGCAGAAACCCCCCGCGGAGUUCAACAUUCAUCUCGAUGGGGCAACUUACUUUGAAAUCCCGGAAUCGGUAACGUCCAGACGAAUCCAGGAUGCGUCUUUGUGGAUUUAUAUUAAACCUACAGUUCAAAAACAAAAAAAGGUGUUCGAGAUAUACCUGCACAUUGUUGAAAUGAAAGCAAAGCCACAUGACAUUCUGAAUGGCCCCAAGCGGUACAAGAAAACGACAGAGGAAGGGUGGGUGGAAUUUAAGUUUGCUCACAUUGCUCAUCACUGGAUUAAACGUCCCGAGGCCAACCGGGGCAUCAUCAUCCAUGUUCUGGACAGCGCGGGAAACAACGUCGCGGUGACGCCUCAAAACGAAGAAGACAAAGAACAUUUCCCUAUGUUGGAGAUGUCCACGACGGAACACAACGACCACCACCACCGCUCCAAGCGCUUUAUAAACAACAUAUGUUCGGAGAGAGAGAAACGCACAACGUGUUGCAGAUACCCUCUCAGAGUGGAUUUCGUGCAGUUCGGUUGGGAUUGGGUUAUUGCGCCCACGGGCUACACCGCUAACUAUUGUUCUGGUGAAUGCAGGCACAGACACUUGGACAAUGACCCGUCCGCCUAUCUUAUCCAACAGGCGACCAACGAUUCAUCACCAUGCUGCGCUGCACAAAAGUGGUACCCGCUUGCCAUGCUGUACUUUGACCACAAACACACUGUGCUAUACACAUAUAUGCAGAAAAUGAUAGUGGACAGAUGUGCGUGUUCGUGAUUUUCUGUUGCAGUGUGUUCGUUAGUUAUUUCAUUUAACACCCAGUGUUAUCUUAGAUAGGUUAUGUUGCUUCGGUUCUAUUGUGAUAAAAAGUUUGGUGCAUACUUUACUUAUGUUCAUAUUAAAUAUUUACGUGAUGUUUACAAGCGUAAAAUAUGACGAGUUGUGCAAUGCCUUGGUGAUAUAAUGCUCAUUGCUCUACCCGUAGAAACUAGCUUGAAGAUUUUGUGACACUGACGAAAUGGCCCUUUUACAUCGACGCAGCCAAGGCCUGAUAUAUAGAUUUAGAAAAUUAAACACGGGAGGAUUUCUCCCAAAUGGCUGUUGGACGUCUUUUGCGGACAGCAACAGCUCCCCGAGUUUGAAUACAUGACUUUACCAGUUGCAGAACAAUGAGUUAGGACGAGCUUUUGAGCAUUGAAAUGGACGGAUAUUGAAGGAAUAGUGGAUUAAAUCCGCUAUGAAGGUUCAAAAGCAUGCAUGAAUGCCAGUGAUAGAUAUUUGGAUGAAAAUGGUUGUUAUAGGGUACAAGGAAUUCAUGUGUUCAUCUGGGAUUAUACUGAUGUAAAAGUUUAACUUAUUGGUAUUCGAGUAACUGCAUGGUUUAUGUAUAACAGAAUGUAUGGAUGUGAAACUUUAGUACCGAAUUAAGUCAAAAAGCAUAUUGCUGUGGGCAUGGAAGUAUUUUUACAAUGCAAUAUUUUAUUCAAAAAAGCUGACGCAAGUACUAAAUUAAUAACGAGCACGCCUUUUCUCAUUCUAAUGUUUUAUACUCAUAACUUAUUUCUUGUUAAUUAUUUGUAAAUAAUAUUCAGUGAUAAUAAUGUCAGCAUAAAAGACGCAUAAACGUGUUGUAGGAGGAAGUAGACGAGAUUUUAUUGACGGCUGUCAGAAAUUGCUUCUUUUAUAUAGCUAUAAGUGCAUGGAAAACCGAAAUAUCCAAUUCAAGGUAGUGCGAAGUCACUAUGUGAUGUGAUUUGUAUGAUACAAAUGUGCCAUUUCGUGAUAAAUUUGAUAUGUAUUAUUUGCCAAGCAAUGCACUAAAACAGCCUUUUCCGAAAUUAUACACUUUGAAAUGACUUUUUUAUGCCAUUGAAGUGCUCUGGUUGUUCGGUAUUUACCUUUAUUACAGUCUCAGUGCACAGUAUAUCAAUAGUAGGUAAAACCUUUUUUUCCCAAAAUGUUCGAGUAUAAUACAGACGUUUUGCGUGAGUGAUGGUGCUUUUCGCGAACGCAUUUUAUCAUGUGUUUGAUUUUUAUUUUAAUCGUUUCCAAUAAACUCCCAAUUGCACAAUAUUUAUAUGUUAAAGUAUGUGGGGUUUUUUCGUUUUCAAUACUUUUGUCAAUAUUCUGAUCGUUUCAAGUUAUAUAUCAUGUGCAUAAUUGACCUUUUCGGUACCAAAUACAAUAUCUGUCUUUAAUAAUGUGACCUGCAUUCCGAUGUUAAAUAUGUGCUUUCGAGCAUUUUCAUGUCUUUCAUAAUAAAGUUUA